AUGUCGGGGCCUGCCGCCAAGGCCAAGAAAACUCGCUUGCUGGAGCCAAAUGAAUCGGAUCACUCGGCGCUGAUGCUCAAGGCUUCAGGUCGAGUUUGCAGUGCCAGUGACAUUGCCGAUGGCUCCUUGCUGCUUCGCUUGGCCAAGGAGAACUUGCAGACUUUUGCCUCAGACUUUCCCAAGGAGCAUUUGGCCUUGGGCCCAGUUGAGCAGCGCAAAACAGAGCUGUCUCUGAGCUGGGCCAGUUGUUGUUCCGGCUCAGAAGGCCUGCACUUUGUGGUCGAAGCCUUGAACGAAGCGAUGAAUGAACUUGGCCUGAAGGUGCACUUGAAACACAAGUUUUCCUGCGAAUCCAACAAAGACAAGCGUGCUUGGAUUCGGCAAGUAUUGCUCUCGACCGCCAUCGAAGAACAAAUGCCGAUUUCUGGCUCCGCUCCUCUGAAAAUGCAGCCAGAUGGCUGCAUCUUUGAGGAUAUUACGGCCUUGGGCCAGGGUGAAGCCGGAUGCGCCGUCCACGACCGUUGCUGCCCAGUCGAGACAGUAGAUUUGCUGGUCCUUGGGACGUCGUGCAAAGACCUCAGCAGAGCCAACGCAGGUCGCAGCAGCCAGGAAAGCUUGGUUCUUGAACAGUCCACGUCGAAAGGCGGCUCGGCGCAGACCUAUCAUGGCUUUCUGGACUACGUGAAGGCGUACGAGAAUGUGGAUGCCAUCGACGAACAGCUUUCAGCCAAUGCCCAGACGAACCUCGACUUGCUGCUCGCCACUCUGGAGGCCUUGGAUUAUGCUGGGCAGGUGGUCAUGACGGACGCACAGGAAUUUGGCUUGCCUUGCCGUCGAAAGCGAGUUUAUGUCCUGUUCGUGAACCAGCGGAGCCCGAAAUUGUGCAUGGCCUCGCGCCCAGUCGAUGCCAUUUUUGCAUGCUUCCGCAGGCUAGUGACUUCUUGCCUUCGUUCUCCUCCUUGUGUCAGUGCGGUGCUGCUGUCUGAUGAAGAUCCAGCGGUGUUGAAUCACUUGGAGGAUCUUGAGCAAAAGGCUUCGAUGCCAGAAAGCAAGAAGCGCAAGCAGGGAGGAGGCAAUUGGAUCGAGCAGCACAUGAAGACGGCGGAGACACUUGGAAUCCGCUGGGGCGGAAAGCCACCCAGGGAUUUGCAAAGCAAUGCUUGGUUUAGUCUGUUGACCGCGCGAGAGAAAGAUGUUCUGCAACUUUCGCGUGCUGCUGCGCCUCAGGCGGGGUUUAGGAACUUGAGCCAGUCUGUGGGCCGGAGCCACAUGCAGACAUUGCAGACCAACGGGAACCACAUCGCUCCCACUAUGAUGCCCGGCCAACUUCUAUGGACGGAGUUGGUUGCUCCGCCACGUCUGGUGCUGGGCCAGGAGGCACUCAUGCUUCAAGGAUUCCCCAUCUCCAGGUUUCUUGAACAAGUCGACGAUGAGCAGCCUCCGUCUCAGGCCCUGAUGCAAGACCUUGCCGGCAAUGCGAUGGCCCUUCCCGUGGUGUUGUCGCUGCUGCAGUCAGGCCUCGCUGCCGUGUGGAUGAAGCCCGCGCAGCCCGCGGCUAGUGCCGGCAACAUUUCAGUCGCCUUGGGCGCUGUGAAGAGGCUUCUUGGCCAGCAGCAGUGA